GGAGAUCUGUGGUUCAUUUUCUAUCGGCCAUUUUCAAUGGAAAUGCUCGUUUCGUGGAGAGAUAUUGAACUAGCCAGGGAAACUAUCAAGGGGUGUGGUGUGGUUGUCAGGACACCUUUACUCCGAAAUGUGGAACAGAUGUUUGGUUUUGAGGACCGAUUUAAACUGCAUUUGAAAAUGGAGAACAUGCAGAAUACCGGAUCAUUUAAAAUACGUGGUGUUGUGAACCAGUUUGCCAACAUCCCCUCUGUGAUCACCGAGAAUAAGAAAAGUCUUGUUUCGAUGUCUGCUGGAAAUUAUGGAAAGGCAUUUGCUUUGGCGACAAAGGAACAAAACCUUCCAGCAAUUCUGUGUAUGCCUGAAACUGCUCCCAUUAAUAGAGCAAAACUUAUUGAGAGUUUCGGUGUGAAAGUGGAAAGAAUGCCCACAAGCGAAAUACAAGAUGCUGUUGAUCUUCAUGUUGCUGAAGAUGGAAUGCACUUUCUUCAUCCAUUUGAUGAUCUUCAUCUUAUUUCUGGUUUUGCUAGGUAUCAUCUGUUUUCCAAACAAUCUGCAGGAAAGAAAACUUUUCAACAUGUGAAGGAGUAUGUUGAGGACAUUGUUCUUGUGACAGAUGAGGAAAUAAAGAGGGCAGUGAAGACUUUUUACCAGGCUGGGUUAGUUGUUGAACCAUCUGGUGCUGCAGCAUUUGCAGCUCUACAAGCAAAAAAAAUUCCUGAUUUGUCAGAAGGGAGUAAUGUUGUUGCUAUAGUGACAGGAGGAAAUGUCACACCAGAAGAACUAUGCGAUUUAAUGAAUUGUAAUUAGCAAAAAUAGUUUACCUAUUGAAUCUUUGAAACCCUUUACAACCUAACAUCAGUAUGCAUAUUCUCUAUACUGUUCAUGCCUCUAACAAGCCAAACAAAAUUUUUUGAAGGGAUUGCAUUCCCGAAGUUAUGACAAUAACCUGUUACUUGAUUUUGGUUUAUCCUGACUCAUGACUCUUGACUGAAGCCUGAAUCAGUCAUGCUUCUGUCAUGCUACAGUCAAAGCUAAUUGUGAUUGACUCAGGUACAGCAUAAGCACAGCAUCUGAACUGGGCUUUCAUCAGGAAAGUAACCCUGAUAUAUUAUCAUUGUUGUUUGGGUUUGUUGGCUUCUGCUUCACUCUGUCAUUAGCAAAUAAACCAUUUGGCAACAAUUUUUUACAUUCGUGACAAAUGUUAUUCUUUUAUUCAGUUUAAAAUGCUUCUGAAAUAUAUUUACAGUAGGGAAUCUGCUGUAAUCAGUUUAAUUUAAACUUGAUCAAUUAGGUGCAAUUCUCUGAAACACAAAGUGUGAUUCUAAUAGAAUAUUUAGACAACAAGAAUGGUUGUAUUUGUCUAUAAUGUGGCCAAACCUAGACUUGCAGAAGUUCAUGUGAUAGCAUACGGUAAGCCUUCUAUUUAUAAAUUGACUAUAAGUUUUUAACUAGAGGCAUAUUAGGUACCUAGUUAAUUAUGGCCUAGCAACAUUGAUAGUGUCCUUGAGGCUGGAACCUCUAAGUGAGUUGAAUAUUUGUAAAAUAUUUUGUAAAUAAGUUCAAGAGCAGAAAUGAGACACAGUGUGAUUUUAUUCUAUAGUGUGCAUUGUAGGAAAUCAAGGAUCAAUGUCAGUAUCUGAGCAACAGCACACUUAACCCUCCCCUAACCCAACAACUGAUAUCAAGUAAGGGUUAAUUUGGGUAGGUGGAGGGGCAAGUUUGCAGUUGCUCAGAUACUGACAUCAAUUGCCCCUGAGUUUAACAGCUUAUAUAUAAAAUCAUCAACUAUCUGCAACUUGUUCAUACAUCCAUAGCUCUUUGAUAAUUUGAGAAGCAAUGCCAGAUGUUUACAUUAAAGUUUCAUGUUGAACCUUAUAAAAGUAAUAAUCAUUUUAGUUUCAGUAAUUUAGCCACCUUCCAAAACUUGUGAAUAUCACAU